AUACAACCAUGUCCACUACCCGUGCUGUUCAAGCUCCGAUUCCAACGCCAAGGUUAUUGGGGAAGGUGGCAUUGGUGACAGGUGGGGCCUCUGGAAUUGGAGAAAGCAUUGUCCGCCUCUUCCAUAUCCAUGGUGCUAAAAUUUGUAUAGCUGAUGUGCAGGACAACCUUGGAAGGCAGGUCUGUGAAUCCCUUGGUGAUGAAGCAAAUGUUCAUUUUUUCCAUUGUGAUGUUACAAUAGAGGAUGAUGUUUCCCAUGCAGUGGACUUGACUGUGGGUAAAUUUGGCACCCUUGACAUUAUAGUCAACAAUGCUGGCAUUUCUGGUACACCUAUUGCCGAUAUCCGCAAUGUGGAUUUAGCAGAAUUUGACAAGGUGUUUAACAUAAAUGUCAAGGGAGUAUUUCAUGGGAUGAAACAUGCUGCUCGAAUAAUGAUCCCAAAGAAGAAGGGCUCAAUCAUUUCUUUAGCCAGUGUAGCAAGUGUUAUAGGUGGCUUAGGACCACAUGCAUACACAGGGUCCAAGCAUGCUGUGUGGGGACUCACAAAGAAUGUUGCAUCUGAGCUGGGAAAACAUGGUAUAAGAGUGAACUGCGUGUCACCUUAUGGCAUCGCCACAGGUUUGGCGUUGGCUCAUAUGCCUGAGGACGAGAGAACUGAGGAUGCCAUUGCUAGUUUUAAGGAUUUUACUGCCAGAAAUGCCAACUUGCAGGGUGUAGAAAUCACUACUGAUGAUGUGGCUAAUGCUGUGCUCUUCCUUGCAAGCGAUGAUGGAAGGUAUGUAAGUGGAGACAAUCUUAUGGUUGAUGGAGGUUUCACAAGUGUUAAUCACUCGCUCAGAGUUUUUAGAUGAUUGGUGCUGUUUCCCAGCUUUUUAACAUACAUAAGCAAGAUUUCGGACAUUGCAGUCAUGGUGGUAUCUGCAUUAGCAAGGAUGGAUUUUCAGUUAAUAAAUAAAUAAUAUAUUCCAAAUUUAUCGUCAUUAUAUUUUUCAUUGCUGAUAUUUUAUCCUAGAACUUGCAAAAGGGUAUAUUAAGUAUCAGAGAUUAAGCAUUUUUAAGAUGAAUUUAGGCCCACUUCAUAUGCAUGUAUGUCUGUAUCUGAAUGCACAUACUUGCUCUUCUGCAAAGUUGAGGUUAAUAUCAGUAAGAUGGAAAUCAUGUUAUUAAGGCAAUGUUGUGUCAAGUACAUUAUGGUUGGUCAAUAAGGUAAACUAUAAAUACAACUUGUUUUG